AUGGAAGCGAAGAUUUCCGGCGAACCAGUGUCUAGGGAUACGGGUGUAUCUCUUUACCUGCACGCGGAGCUGCUCCCUAACAUCCGCCAAAUCACCCUUUACAUCUCACUCGACCAAAAUCCAGCUCUCAAGGGGAUCCGGCCAGAGAUUCAGCUUUCAGAGUCGUGCAAAGCAGUCACAGUCAUUUUACCAGCCCCAUUUGACCAUGCCAGCGAGACGAUUAAGCUGCCGGCACGCGUCAGUGACGCGACUCGGCGGACACUGAAUGCCAACGCAACCCAAACGGCACCUUUCAGGCCGGGGUCUACUGGGUCGAGCCAAGACUACUCACUCAGGAUGCAGAUUGAUCCUCAUGAACAGGCUUUGACUCCCAGAGAAGAACUAACUGAUGACCAUGUGCCCUGGACAGCAGCAGACAUGUCGUCUUCGACUCGCAUUCGAUGCUACGCGUGUGGAACCGCGUUCCUCAACGAAUUAAGGCUCCAGGAACUUCAAGAUCACAAAGAACUGGAAAUUCCGCCGGGCUGGGUCUGGAAGGACCUUCCGAGUGGAAACUGGGCUGAAAUGAUGGACUUCUGGCACUGCCACAAACCUGAUACCCAUCAGGAUGAUGCAAAAGAUGAAGCGACCGCAGCCCUCAGGAUAGAGGAAGCAAAUGCCCAAGUUAAGGGCUAUGGAGCCUCGAGUCGCGUAGAAGCGAUCUCUAGCAAUGUUCUCAUCGAUGUGGCCACUUUCUUACUCGCAGAAUCAGAUUGCGUGGGGUUGAAAAAGUGCAAUGAAGAGGAACCGAAAUCAGCUGCGAAGAUCUCUGGGCAAAGAACCCUCGAGUGUGAGAACUGCAAUGCAGUCAUCGGCAUGGAAGACCCAUCAGCGAACGGAUGGCGACUCCUAAAAACAAAUGUGUCUCUUAACACAGGCAAAAAUGAGGAUCCGUGGACAACUCACUCAACAGAGAUGAUCGUUGCAGCACAGCUGCUAGAACUGAUAGAAAGGGAGAGCGCACGUCGCUUCGUCGUCCAUUGCGGUCAGAAGAACGGGCUACUGCUUUGGGUCUUCAACCCAGAUCUGCGAUACUCCAAUUCCAACCCUGGCCACACCGUGAACGAUCAGCAAGCGAUGAAAGUCUUGUAUCAGGAAAAGGAGGACGUUGAUAGGCUGCUUGCUCCUGAGAUUGGACAACCUAGUCCUCUAUCAGUCGAAGAGCUGGAACUUCCUCCAAUGAUCUUCCAGGCUUUGUCCGAUGCACUUUUUAGCAGUAGCCAGAUGUUACCUCUCUCAGCGCGACAGUUCAAUGAGUGGCAGGUUGGACUGCUGAGUCGUUUCAGUCGUGAGAAAGCGACUUGA